GAAUGGGCAAUGCAGGUGCUCGAAGAAACGUUCGUCAGCGAGCCGGAAGGCCAUCAACCGGUCGAAGUGCCGCGGCUCGAUCCGAAGCUCUACUCUGCGUUGAUUAUCAGGGUAGAACGCGUGUUCCGCGAGUGGAUCCGCAUGUGCGGAAUGGGUGAAGUCGAUCAGAAUCCACACUCUUCUUUGGCCCGCAUCAUCCAGGAGAUCCACGCAGACGGGUUGAUGUCGUCGGAUUUGAUGAUCGCCUCCUUCUUCCGCAUCUGCAUCGACAUUUGCGUGAUCAAGUACCACGCCAUGACCGUCGAGGCAAAACGAUCUCUUCGUCCCCAGCAGCCCGCGCUCGCUAUCGACGCGUUCGUCAAGCUUGUUUGCUCAAUCCUUCGCCUUUCCGACCCAAGCCUCCCGUCCACAAAAAUCAACUUGGCUCGCCAGUUUCUGAACAUCGUGGCGAAUUGCGCCCUGCUGGAGGCGAAGAAGCACGGGCCAUCGUUCGAUUCAGGGCCAUUCUAUCGAAUUCUGCUGGGAACGUACACGGGGGUGAUGCGACCGGGUGAUGGCAUCGAUCGGAUCAGGAAUGGUGUACGAGAUGACUUCAGAAAGACGCUCCAACUGCUACGAAGCCGUCUGAGCCCCGGUCUGCCUUCGACUUGGCUCGAUGUUCUAAAUGAUCUAACCGUCCCGUCGAUCCAGCCUCACCCAACACAAAUG